AUGACGGGUCUCAUCGUCCGGGAAGUGAGCAUUGAGAUUUCGCGCCAGCAAGUGGAAGAACUCUUCGGACCUGAAGAUUACUGGUGCCAGUGUGUGGCCUGGAGCUCGGCGGGCACCACGAAGAGCCGGAAGGCGUACGUGCGCAUCGCAUAUCUACGGAAGACAUUUGAACAGGAACCCCUCGGAAAGGAAGUAUCCCUGGAACAGGAAGUGUUACUCCAGUGUCGACCACCCGAAGGGAUCCCAGUGGCCGAGGUGGAAUGGUUGAAAAAUGAAGACAUAAUCGAUCCCGUUGAAGAUCGGAAUUUUUAUAUUACUAUCGAUCACAACCUCAUCAUAAAGCAGGCCCGCCUCUCAGACACUGCAAAUUACACCUGUGUCGCCAAAAACAUCGUUGCCAAGAGGAAAAGUACAACGGCUACUGUCAUAGUCUACGGGCAGAGUGUGCAGAAAAUAGCCUGUACUACCUUAUGUCCAGUGGAUGGCAGGUGGACCUCAUGGAGCAAGUGGUCUACCUGUGGGACAGAGUGCACCCACUGGCGCAGGAGGGAGUGCACGGCACCAGCCCCCAAGAACGGAGGCAAGGACUGCGAUGGCCUCGUCUUGCAAUCCAAGAACUGCACCGAUGGGCUUUGCAUGCAAAGUUUCAUUUAUCCCAUUUCAACUGAACAGAGAACCCAGAAUGAAUAUGGAUUUUCUUCUGCUCCUGACUCGGAUGACGUUGCUCUCUACGUGGGAAUUGUCAUAGCCGUGAUAGUCUGCCUGGCCAUCUCUGUAGUCGUGGCCCUGUUUGUGUAUCGGAAGAACCAUCGUGACUUUGAGUCCGAUAUUAUCGACUCUUCGGCACUCAACGGGGGCUUUCAGCCCGUGAACAUCAAGGCAGCAAGACAAGAUCUUCUGGCAGUACCCCCGGACCUCACGUCAGCUGCAGCCAUGUACAGAGGACCCGUCUAUGCCCUGCAUGAUGUCUCAGACAAAAUCCCGAUGACCAACUCUCCGAUUCUGGAUCCGCUGCCGAACCUGAAAAUCAAAGUGUACAACACCUCAGGUGCUGUCACCCCCCAAGAUGACCUCUCAGAGUUUACAUCCAAGCUGUCCCCUCAGAUGACCCAGUCAUUGUUGGAGAACGAAGCCCUCAACCUGAAGAAUCAGAGUCUUGCCAGGCAGACCGACCCAUCCUGUACCGCCUUUGGCACCUUCAACUCCCUGGGAGGUCAUCUCAUUGUUCCCAAUUCAGGAGUCAGUUUGCUGAUCCCCGCUGGGGCCAUUCCCCAAGGGAGAGUCUACGAAAUGUAUGUGACCGUACACAGGAAAGAAACUAUGAGGCCGCCCAUGGAAGACUGUCAGACACUCUUGACCCCGGUGGUGAGCUGUGGGCCCCCCGGAGCCCUGCUGACCCGCCCCGUCAUCCUUACCAUGCAUCACUGUGCGGACCCCAACACCGAGGACUGGAAGAUCCAGCUGAAGAACCAGGCAGCACAGGGACAAUGGGAGGACGUGGUGGUGGUCGGAGAGGAAAACUUCACUACCCCCUGCUACAUCCAGCUGGACACAGAGGCCUGCCACAUCCUCACCGAGAACCUCAGCACCUACGCCCUGGUCGGGCAGUCCACCACCAAAGCCGCUGCCAAGCGCCUGAAGCUGGCCAUCUUCGGGCCCCUGUGCUGCUCCUCCCUGGAGUACGGCAUCCGAGUCUACUGUCUGGACGACACCCAGGAUGCCCUGAAGGAAGUGGUACAUCUUGAGAGACAGAUGGGAGGGCAGCUCCUAGAAGAACCCAAGGCUCUUCAUUUUAAAGGCAGCACCCACAACCUGCGCCUGUCAAUUCACGAUAUCGCCCAUUCCCUCUGGAAGAGCAAACUGCUGGCUAAGUAUCAGGAAAUUCCUUUUUACCAUAUCUGGAGCGGGUCUCAGAGAAACCUCCACUGCACCUUUACUCUGGAAAGAUUCAGCCUGAACACGGCGGAGCUGGUCUGCAAGCUCUGCGUGCGGCAGGUGGAGGGAGAAGGGCAGAUCUUCCAGCUGAACUGCGCCGUGGCGGAGGAACCUACUGGCCUCGAUUUGCCGCUGCUGGAUCCUGCGAGCACGGUCACCGCUGUCCCAGGGCCGAGUGCGUUCAGCAUCCCUCUCCCCAUCCGGCAAAAGCUCUGCAGCAGCCUGGACGCCCCGCAGACCAGAGGCCACGACUGGAGGAUGCUGGCCCAUAAGCUCAGCCUGGACAGGUACUUGAAUUACUUCGCCACCAAAUCCAGCCCGACUGGCGUCAUCCUGGACCUCUGGGAAGCACAGAACUUCCCAGAUGGAAACCUGAGCAUGCUGGCGGCCGUCUUGGAAGAAAUGGGAAGACAUGAAACGGUAGUGUCUUUAGCAGGAGAAGGGCAGUAUUGA